GGACAUGAUUGAUGAGCGGUACGAUGUAAUGUCAGAGGUACAGCUGGUUUGGUGUCAAUGUCUGAAGCGUUCAGCAACCAUGUCUCUCCCCUCUGCUUGUCCAAGUGUGUGGUUAUGCAAAUGCAGACAGAUCAGAACGUCUCGAGGAUUGGCGUGGUCCCGCUGGCAUGCAAGAAAAGGGUGGAUGCAUUAUUUAUUGGAAGCGCGAAGCCAAAGCGAAGAGGGCGUCCAGCACGGAGAUCCUCCACAGGGAAGCGCGGGUCUCAAUGUGAAGUGCAGGCAAAGGGUCUUCUGGCGGAUGUAGUGGUUGUUGAUGACAGCAGUGAAGAAGAUGACAUCAACAAGCUGUUCCGGCAGCCUCGAAAGGAGGCCAGUAAGGGCGGUGGAGAGCUGGCUGCGUCAAAAGUGGAAGAAGCGUCAGAUACCAGAUGUCUGGACCGCCAAAAGCCAUUGCCGUCACUGCUAGAGAAGGGGAGGAAUGUUCACAAAUUUGGGAAGCCGGAUGAACAAGUAGAGGCUGCUGCGGAAUUAUCGCAGAAACUAUCAGAUGUUUCGCAGGCCAAGAAUGCUGCCAACCGCCCAUCGUGUGGAAAGAAGAGGGAUGGUUCUUUGUUGCCGCAACCCUCACAUGUUUUGCCGGCUAACAAUGCAGCCAAAACCGCAUCGAGCGGAAAGAAGACGGAUGGUUCUUUGUCGCUUCAAUCGGCUCCAAUUUUGCCAGCUAAGAACGCUGCCCGGUCCUUGCCGAUUGCAAAGGACAUGGACACACUGCCGUGUGGAAAGAAGAUGGAUGGUUGUGACAAGCGUCAGGAAGAAAUGGGGGAUCGAAAGGGGGGCAAAGGUCAAAGGACUCGAUCGCACAGCAAGGGCACCAUGGAGAGGGGGAGCGAUGUGGUGGUGGAAAAGCCACCAAAGGAUUCAAUUUCGGAGCAAGAGCACUGCGGAAAAGUGCUUGCGGGUGGCGCACAACUGAAGUUGCAGCUGGAGGGCUCCAACCAGGAUGUUUUGUCGACAAAGUCUAAUAAAGAGAAACGAGAGGCAGGUCUUGUGCCUGCAGAUGCCAAUGUUAAGGCCGCUCAUCACCGCACAGCUUCUGCUGUGGCAUGGCGACAAAAGGCAGGGCCACCAUUUCCUGAGCUGGAACCGGCGAAGGACAAGACAAAGCAAGACAUUGGGUUGCCCGUCUUCCCUGGAUUUACUAUUGAGUCAAAGGUGGAAGCAGGUGGUUACAGUACGGUGUACAAGGUGGUGAGUGACGGGAAGAUCUUCGCUUUGAAAUGUCUCAAGGAGAACAGCAAGAGCUUUCAAGUUUCAACAGAGCGGGACAUGCUCCAGAGAUUUGGAGGAAAGGACUGCAUUAUAAAAUGCCUCGACUUUGUACGCAACGAGAAGGGGGAACAAGCGUUUGUGUUUGACUAUGUGGAGCACGAUAAAACGGAGGUCUUGAAAAGGGCUGCGUCAGUUAAGGACGUUCAGUGUUACAUGCGAGAUCUCUUCACAGCGCUCGCUGCCAUGCACAAACAGGGUGUUGCCCAUCGGGAUGUGAAGCCUGCAAAUUUCUUAUAUUGCCGAAGGCUCAAGAGAGGACUCCUUGUUGACCUGGGUCUUGCUCAGGUUCAAGCACAUAGUCCCGCAAUGGAAGGUACUACACGUUUGCCAGUCAAGUUAGCACCACCUGCACCUGAAUCACAGAGCUGCUUGUCAGAACUGACAAGGACUAGCCCAGGUGGUUCACAGUCAGCUGGGCGAGAUGCUGUCUCUGAGGCAGUGGUUUCAAAGAAGCGCGCCCAUGAUCCUGGAGCGACAGCUGAAGAAGCAAUGACGAAGAAACGUCGCAUCUCAACUUUCUCAGGCAGUGCGAGCAGCGUGGCUGGCGGCCAUGGGCAUUCACGAAAGGCGGAAGGUGCGACACGAGCAUCGCAGCAGUCUGCACCGUGUAGCAUAAAUAAGUCGUCCUGGAGGAACUUCAAGUUGCAGCGGCCUGUAGGGGCUAAAGAUCGUGGUGGAGAUGGUCCUUCCAUCUCAGAAGGGCGUCAUGGCGGUGAAAAAUCCUUGGUGGAUGAAGUGCACAAGUCGUAUGGAAUGUCAGCACCUGGCAGACCCAGACAGGGCCUUGAAAAGCAGCGAGAGAUCGCAUCAGGACUCCGGUCAGGACCAGGAACAACUGGUCACAGCAAAAAGCAUGGGCAUUUGGAGAGGGGGUUCUCAACGGAAGCUGGGCUGAUGCGGGUUGUGCAUACAACUGAGAGUGCCUCCGCAGCUCACGGAGAAAUCGUGAAAGAAAGCAGACGGAAUCUGGCGACGGUGUCCUGGGGUAGGCGGGUCAGCGGACAGGCAAACUCUGAAAAGAGGACAAGCGUACCUGGUGUGCAACUUGCGAACUGUAAGGAACCAAGCAAGAGCAGUGGGAAGCAAGAGGAGAAGCUGCCUGCUGCACUACCUUCCUCUACUCUUGCUGUUGCCCCCUUGAGGGGAUCUCGUGGAGCGAUGAUGAUGAUGGCAGCGCAGAUGUCCCUCGGAGAAGGCGGGCAUUCCGCUCUGAAAGGUUUUCCAAGCAAGUCUCCAAAUGUGCCCAGAAAUGAGAGAGGUUAUGUUGUUGAGGGAAAACAGAAGCUUGAAACCAUGAAGCCCAACCAGGGGAAGAUGCAAACGGUUGUCGCAGGGCAAAUGCAGAAGGUACCUGGUCCAUCUGGAAGGGCAGGUUCAAUUCACAAAGUCCUGGAGGACAUCAGUGGCAUAAAGAAUGCAGGUCGUGGCAUGACAGGGGCGGGGAAGGGGGGGGAUGCACCUGCGAAGAUGGAUUUGCGGAAGCUCGUGCGAGAAGAUGGAAAGCAUGGCCAUGCCAGCAGUUUGAAAUUUCAUCCGAAUGAAAAACAACCAGCGCUGGGUGUGACAACUAAGGUUCCUUUCAGGGAGGCUCUGCGGCAGAAGAGUUUGCAGCAACCAAAGCAUGGGCGACAGGGAGGGAAUUAUGGCAUAUAUGGGGAUGGACCGGUUGCGGGAGGUGUACGGCCUCCGAGGGAGAAGGGAUCAUCUGCAGCAAAAUUGAUGAAGCAGAAAUUUCUGGUGCGCAAAUUUCGUGGUAAUCGCUGCUUUUCUUUACUUCUCUUCCGUUCAUUCCUCAUUGUGCUUUCCUGGGUAAAUAUUUCAUCGUAACAGUCAAUGUCCUCGUUGUUCAAUGAAUCUCUCAAGAGGAC